CGCAUACGUCGAACGUACUCGCAAGGGCGGCACUUGUACCGCUCCUUCUUGUGCCCGUCGUGCUACUCGUUCACGCCCAGACCCUAGUCAGAAGAACAGACGCGUGGCAGCCUGGAACUUCCUAAUCGGGCAGGGCUCUGUGCUUCUCUCACUGACUACCACCACCUCGCGUUUCGGAGCUGCCUGCCUUACCACCGUUCGCUCGCAUCUGGUAUUGCUACUGCGAACCAAUCUGAUUUGCUCUGGCGGACCUCAUUCACUUGAGCGCUGCAUUAUUUGAUCAUGGUCCGAGGACAAUCAACUCGACCCGCUUCUAGUGAAGAAGCUCAAUGUUGGGCGCAUGCGAGCUCGGCCUUGCGAGCGCUCAAUGAGGUCUACGCUAGUCCUUCCUCGGUUGAAACAAUCGGCCGGGUUAACCGGUUAAUUUCUGCAUGGCCAACGGACGACACGUUGCCCGGAGAGGGCUAUGACGGCUUGAAACUGAUGUACAAGAAGCUCACUUCAGGACUCAAUGACAUCAGGAACAAUGCUGAGGCUGAAGUGAGAGCGAUAGACGAGGCUCUUGAGCGUCUCGAAGUCCUGAUAGGGUUACGGAGAGCCACGGAAGCAACGCCGCCAGAGAAACGUAUGAAACGGGGGCGUUCACCAUCAGGGCAUACCCCUCUGGUAUCUGCUGCACCAACGCCAAUUUCUGCGCCGCUAGCGCCGAAACCUACAGUCUCAAUUACUCUGCCGCCGUCUAGACCCUCCUCUAUAAUCCCGUUCUCACGCGAUCCGAGGGCACGCAGAGAAGCGCUUGCCAAACAGCUACCCCUUGAAAAGGGUCGCAAGGUCGCUUUCCAUCCUCCGACCCACGGUAAAGCCGGGGACGACGGCCAUGUGGACGAAAACACCUGGAUUCUAGCAGUAAUUUUGAAGUCGAUCAAUCAGGACAAAAACCGCUAUGAAGUACAAGAUCCUGAGCCGCAAGAAGACGGCCAACCGGGGCAGGUGUACAAUACCACGCUGCGUUCGAUAAUCCCGUUGCCGGAUGAUGAGGUGCCCCCGAACCAUCCUGCUCAUCUCAACAACUACCACGUCUUCGAGGCGGGAUCAACGGUUAUGGCGCUCUACCCUGAUACAAGUACCUUCUACAAGGCCCAGGUCAUUACGAGCUCCAGGGACAUGAAGCCUAAUAAGGACGGCAUGCCGAUGUACAAGCUCAAGUUUGAGGAUGACGAAGAUCAGGAACACUCUAUUCUAGCGCGAUCGGUGGUCGAAUGGCCAGGUCCAUAG